GGCUAGCAGCCUCCACCCCAACGCGAAGAAACAGCGAAGGGGCUUCUCGAGAUCCCCCAUUACCCACAUAUAUCUAUCCGGUCUUUAGUUAACAUCAACAGGGACAAAUUCCAGAUAUGACGAAAGAGUGUUUACGAGCUGCGUACUCGUAGCCCGCCGUUUCGAUGCAGGAGUGAGGCGUAGUGUUUUCAUGGGGGCGGUGGGUCGAGAAGAAAAAUCCGAGUAACGUCCGAGAAGCUGGAUACAUAAACAAUCUGGAUACUGAUUGACAGAAUCGACAGUGUCAGUCGAUGAGGAGAUAAACAACAUGGCAGGGGUUUGCAACAGUGUUACACCUGGGAUGGGUGAAAUUAUUCAACUGAACGUCGGCGGAACGAGGUUUAGCACCUCCAGACAGACCCUUAUGUGGAUUCCAGACUCUUUCUUCUCAAGUUUGCUCAGUGGGAGAAUCUCAACUCUGAGGGACGAAACUGGAGCUAUAUUUAUUGACAGGGACCCAACAGCGUUUGCACCGAUUCUGAACUUUCUUCGGACGAAAGAAUUGGACUUACGGGGGGUGAAUAUAAGCGUCCUGCGCCAUGAAGCUGAGUUUUACGGGAUAACCCCAUUAGUGCGGCGACUGUUGCUGUGUGAGGAACUGGAACGGUCGUCGUGUGGCAGUGUUCUGUUUCAUGGAUACCUGCCGCCUCCAGCAAUCCCGGCGCGUAAGAGCAGCAGCAGUGGGGGUGGCGGGGCGUCGGCAGCAGCUGUGACGGCCCCAGAGGAGCGGUCGGGGCCCGGGGGGGCGGAGGGAGGGUUCCCCCCCAGACCCACCAGACACCCAGGCCUGCCGGGACCCUCAGGGGCAGACGCAACCCAGCGACUAGGCUCUCCCGUUGAUCCGAGAAAGGUGCUGAUUGUCGCUGGCCACCAUAACUGGAUUGUCGUUGCCUACGCACAUUUCGUCAUAUGCUACAGGAUCAAGGAGUCGUCUGGUUGGCAGCAGGUGUUCUCAAGCCCGUACCUGGACUGGCCAAUCGAGCGCGUGGCUCUGAACGCUAAGGUGGUGGGUGGUCCCCAUGGCGACAAAGACAAGAUGGUGGCAGCUGCUUCAGAGAGCAGCAUCAUUCUGUGGAGCAUCCAGGACGGGGGAAACGGGAAUGAGAUAGGUGUGUUCAGUCUGGGGGUGCCUGUGGACUCGCUCUUCUUCAUUGGGAGUCAGCUGGUGGCCACCAGCCACACGGGGAAAGUCGGGGUGUGGAACGCCGUCACUCAACACUGGCAGGUGCAGGACGUGGUGCCCAUCACCAGCUGUGACACGGCCGGCUCCUUCCUGCUGCUGGGCUGCAAUAACGGCUCCAUCUACUACAUCGACAUGCAGAAGUUUCCUCUGCGGAUGAAGGAUAAUGAUCUGCUGGUGACGGAGCUCUACCACGACCCCUCGAACGACGCCAUCACUGCCCUCAGCGUCUACCUCACCCCCAAGACCAGUGUGAGCGGUAACUGGAUUGAGAUUGCGUACGGGACCAGCUCAGGAGCGGUGCGUGUGAUCGUCCAGCACCCCGAGACGGUGGGCUCAGGACCCCAACUCUUCCAGACCUUCACUGUCCACCGCAGCCCCGUCACCAAGAUCAUGCUCUCCGAGAAACACCUGGUGUCAGUGUGUGCGGACAACAACCACGUGCGCACGUGGACGGUGACGCGGUUCCGAGGGAUGAUCUCCACCCAGCCGGGCUCCACCCCUCUGGCCUCCUUCAAGAUCCUCUCCCUGGAGGAGGCCGAGAGCCACAACAGCUACUCCGCAGGAAAUGACGUCGGCCCGUUUGGGGAGAGAGAUGACCAGCAGGUCUUUAUCCAGAAGGUCAUACCCAUCACCAACAAGCUCUUUGUGCGCCUCUCCUCCACUGGAAAAAGGAUCUGUGAGGUGCAGUCGGUGGACGGCACCACCAUCACCUGCUUCACGGUGCGUGAGUGUGAGGGCUCCAGUCGCAUGGGCUCGCGGCCGCGCCGAUACCUCUUCACCGGCCAGGCCAACGGCAGCAUCCAGAUGUGGGACCUCACCACCGCCAUGGACAUGGCCAGCAAGGCCGACGACAGGGCCAAGAAAGAGACAGAAGUUGGCGGUCCGACAGAGGAGGAGCUUCUGAAGCUGCUGGACCAAUGUGACCUCAGCACGUCUCGCUGUGCCACGCCCAACAUAAGCCCCGCCCCCUCCGUGCUGCAGCCCAAUCGGCUUCGAGAGUCCUGCUCCAGCCUUCAGCUGCAGGCGCAGGAGCCCAUCCCGGAGACGGCCACCUACGGGGCGCUGCGUCCGUACCGAGAGAGCCCCCUGCUGGCCAGAGCGCGCCGCACCGAGAGCUUCCACGGCUACCGGGGAACCGACUUCCAGAGCUUCAGCCUGGGACGCAGCCUGCUGGAGCCCGACGGGCAGGCCGACGAGCCCCGGCACUCCACCUCCGAGAGCAGCGGGGAGGAGGGGGGGGGCGCCUCCGACCGCAGGAGCGGAGGAGCAGGCGGAGGCCUGGAGAGCUGGUGGGGCAGGGCCAGCGAGGGCCAGCCGGACGGGGGGAGGUCGGCUCCAGACAGCCCCGGGCUCGGAGACGUCCGCAGGAAGGUGCAGGUGGAGGAGGAAGUGGGGGGGGGCGGUUCGGCGUCAGCCGGGGCAGGGGGGUUGUCGUCGGAGAGCCGGGCGGAGGGCAAGAAGAGGGGGGCGUUUGACGGGGGCUUUCUGGGGCGCAAGAGGGCACCCCCAGUGCCGCAGCUGUCCACUCUGCCCCCCGGGGGCUCCUCGGAGGCUGGUGGGGGCAGCGACUCGUCCUCCAGCACCGCCUCGCCCUCCCCUACCAAGAUGGCCACCUCCCCGCGCCACCGUAAGGGCACAGAGACCUCCAGCCAGGAGUACAGCCUGUGAGAGGUCUCCUCAGACCCCCUCCGAGGCGUCCGACAUUAAACCUGACCGACCUCUGUGCCCUUUAACCCCCCAAAUACCCCAGUCACCUUACAGCUGGAAUGACCCGCUCCCCAGUCCCUGAGUAAAGUAGCAGUUACCCAUCUCAGAUCAGAUCAGAUGAGAGACCUUUGCUGUUUGGAGAUGGAGCUACACAACAGUCGUCUUCAUCUGGGGUUUGCACGCGCAAAGCGUUACUUCCAUGACCAUGUGUCUGGGUAAGGCUCUGCCUGUCGACCUCAGUGAGGUAUGAGGUGGUUUUUCCUUCUUCCACAAUGUUUAUUUUGUGUUUUGUGUGAGCAGCCAGAUUCCAACUGCACACACUAAUGCCUUGGCAUACGUUAUGUUUGUUUUGUUUUGUUUUUUUUUAAGAGUGGGAUCAUCACAUAGAAAUGUUUGUUGUCUUGGGUAAGCCAUACCUCCGUUGGCAUGGUAACAGCUGAUGUUUUUUUCUUUCCUGGAGCCACCAUCCUCGAGCUGAGUCCUAAAAGCUCCUUGUUUACAUGCAUGCUCGCGUCAGCUGUUCAACUGGAAUAGUUUGUCUCCUUGGUUACUCCCGUAUGAUUACGAGGAUCAACUGAUUAACGUUAUUACCUCGCUAAACUGACCUAAAAUAGUGAUGCGUUUCCUGUGUGUCACUUUAAAAAAAUGACCUUCUCUAUGGUCCCUCAAAAAAAAAAGUUAGGUCACUUGAAGCAUGGCAGGCAUGUUUUUGGAACAAGGGCCAAAAUGGACGAUGCUCGUUAUCCGCCUUUAUUAGAGUCAUGUGUCAUUUUUUUUUAUUUAGAGAAUCAUAUGAUACAACACUAUUUUUCUUACCUUAACUUGUCUAACUUAAACAAAGGGAAUUCCUUUACAUUGUAAUGUUUGAAAACUAUUUAGUGCCUUCGACCACAAUAAUAAUUUAAGUCUUAUAUUGAUUUAGGAGAAUAAUCAAACCAAAGUUAAUAUUAUGACUUGCCCCCCUCCUCGUUGUCUUGGGUGGUUAAAUCAACACUAUGUAAACAUUACGGAAAAUGAACAGUGUGUACAAACCUUUACUCAUUAUGCAACUUGAGCACCACGUAACCAGGCCCUGUCUUGGUAAUAUGUCAGUUUGACAUUAUGCAUCUCUUUUUCAAUGCGUUGACUUGUUUUGAAAAUAUGACGUCGCUGUUUUUUUUUUUUUUUUUUCACUCCACCAUAGCAUUUGCACUUCAUGUGAAUAAGCAACAGAGAAGAGGACAGGAGAGGAGAGGAGAGGAGAGGCUCACUAUAAGAUGAUGAGGAAAUAUUCAGAGACCAUAACUCGUUGCGUUGAUCGACUUCCAAGUGGCAGCCGAUUGUGGGACACGUCUGGCCGAGAUGCGGCUUAGUCUCGGCUCAGUGCUGGCCCAACGUCGGCUGUCACCUGGUCGUCCGUCCGUCCGUUUGUCACUUUUUUUCUGUCUCUCAGCCAUAUGCAGUCAGCUCAUGUUUACAAGCUAUAUGAAAAAAAAAUGUACAGACUCUAUUUAUGUUGCUCCGCAUAUCAUAUAUCUAUAUAUAUGAGAAGUAAUGGAUGUUAUUAUGUCAUAUUAUCAUGUCACUAACUAGCGUUAGCAUAUGCUGUGCGCACAGUAAGACAGAGCACUGAGUUAUAAGCCUUUGCAAAACAUGAAGCAGAAGAACACUAUAUGAAGAAAGUACACUUUAAGAGUGUAGCACUGAGUAGUAUGCAUCAGUAGUAGUAUACUUUAGCCGUAGUAUGCUUUCCCCACACUAACUACCUAACUGGACCGAGCCAGUGUCUGUGACCAGGGCUUGUAUUGUUUGAUGGUCUAUGGGAGGCCUGAUUGUGAUAAUGCCUACGGAAGCACUCAUUUUUCCCCACCAUUUCCUGUGUCAUCACAUCCUCUGCCAACAGUGGCGCGAUAGUGGCGUGCUGCGAUGCUCAAAAGCGCAACCCCAGGGGAUUGUGGGAUACUGAUGAAUGGGCGCGCUGCACCUCUGUGAUGGCACUACAGAUGGGCUGGUUCUGGCGUCACCCUGCGGCCCAGCUCAGAUGCACACACACACACACACACACACACACACACACACACACACACACAGGCAGUCUAUUUCACACACACACGCAGUGCCACCCACACUCUUAGGAGCCAGGAUCUGUCAGCACAUUAAACGCCCAUCUCACGCCCUGCAGCUGGGCACCUGUGUGUGUAUGUAUGUAUGUGUGUGUGUGUGUGUGUGAGUGUGUGUGAGUGUUUGUGAGUGAACCUGCCAGCUCCUGUUCAGUGUGUGCGGGUGUGUGACAUGGCAGGAAGAUAAUUACCAGCUUCCAGAGUUGAUUUAUGAGUUUACGCAGCUCUCACACUGCCACUGAUGCUGAGGGCAAACUUCUCACACACACUCAAACACCUACACACACACACACACACUCUCUCUCACAUAGUUGUCUGUAGCUAAUAAGUCUUCAACACUGUCACUUUCCCUCAAGCCCAAAGCCCCAGCAGACAGACAGUCCUGUGUGCAGCCUGGCUCUCCUUCAUGGCUUUGAGUGCAGUGUUAGUGUGUAGGAAACCGCGCCAGAAAUGACACAAUUCCCAUGAACCCUUGCAGAGGACAUACUGAACUCACUCUGAGAAUAUUUUAACUCUAAUAGUGAUUAUUAUGUGCGCCAUGGUGUGAGACUGGUUUGAGAACUUACUCUAAGAAUGUUCUCACUCUAAUAGUGAUUGUGCAUCUGGUGAGCCUGAUUUGAGAACUUACUCUAAGAAUUUUCUCACUCUAAUAGUGAUUGUGCAUCUGGUGAGCCUGAUUUGAGAACUUACACUAAGAAUAUUCUCACUCUAAUAGUGAUUGUCAUGUGCGUCAUGGUGUGAGACUGAUCUGAGAACAGUACUCCUCUGUGAUGCUUCAUGGACGUUGUACACUACAAAACACAGAUAUAGCUGCUUUCACUGACAUAUCACAGGCAUUCUGCAGCACUCUUACCUACAACGCCAAGCGUGUUCGUAGCUUUGCGUAGAUAGCGGCUCCAUACGGACUGGAAUAAGUAUGAGAGAGGAAUAGCUAACGAAUUGCGUUUAAUUCACAGAUUGCGAUAUGAAAUAACUGUUUUCAUGUUUGUUUAUUUACUGGUUUGACCAAGGUAAUGUAGUUUUGGAUAAGUUUAGAGACAGUCACAGCAAGAAUGUAGAAUACAAUGGAGUCUGAUGCACCUUGAAAAGACACUGAUAUGAAUUUAUAUGAAGAAAGGAAAAGAGAAAAGAUGAUGAACUAAUGAUGAAUUAAUGAUGAACUAAUGUCUUUGCUGUUCUCCGUGUUUGGUCUAAGUGUGUUGGAUUUAUGAUCGAUACUUAGUCGUGAGUAUUGUGAGAUCCUGCACAGGAGGCCAAUAGCUGAAUCACUAAUAUAGAGGCCAUAUCAAUGGUACGCCAGCUCUGCUGUAGGUGAAUGUGGUACCCGAAUCUCCUGAGUAAAAAGCUACACCUACACAGUAGCGCUCUCACCUUUCUGUAACCUCUGUAUGGGCACAAAAGAAAACAAGACCAACAUGUCAUUAAAUAAUACGUCUCAGUGUUUUUCUUUAAUGUGCUGUUAACAUGAACACCACGGUACAGGAACUUCUCAUCUCUGCAUGGUCCACAUGUCCUGCCGCUGAGAGACUGAUAGACAAGCACAUAGCAUUUCAGCGAGUCAGAUCACAUUCUA